AUAAACCAUUCCUGCGACACGUGGCAUUUUAUGAGACUUUCUAAUUUUUUUUUUCCCGCUUAUGGAUUUUCCUCCUCAAUCGGGUGUUUCUUCGAUCCAAAAAAUCAGGAAUACAUCUUCAGAAUCUUCAAUCAAAUCUUGCCCAAAUUUCGAUCAAUUGAAUCGCUCUACAAUUUAACUUCAAAAUCCUAUAGAACCUACUUUUUCUCCAUCUCCAUCUCAACAUUCGAGGCAAACCAGUUGCCUGUGGCUAGCCCUUCCCUCCCCUUCACAUUCACCGUAACCUCGAUUCAGCUUAGAGGUAACGCUCACCAACACAAACUGCCGAUACCUUCUCAUCAUGAACCCCUUUUGUCAUCGUUUUUUUCUUCUUACAUGGAUUUUUUCUUGGAUCCGGUUCUAGACCAUGGUUUCACCAUCGGGGGCAAAAUAUUAUACAUUCUAGAUCAUGAAGCAACUAUUUAUUUUAUGUCUAAUAUUCAAGGAAAAUAUCCAGGUGUAUCAACAGUUGAUUGGUGCAGCAUGUAAUUUGAAGCGUCCAAAAUCCAAGAUUUUUAUAUCAUUUAUUGAUAAAUCAGAGCAUAUAUGUUAUUGCUUAAUACAGUCAAACAGUUUCUGAUCGAGUCCCUUAUUAUCACAUUCCAUUCCUCGAAAAGCUUAACCAAAAUUCCCAACUUUUCAAAUUUAUUAUACCAAGUAUGCCCCUCUUUUAUACCUUCAUGCCAAUCUUUAAAAUAGUAUAGAUUAACCGAACUCUCAAUCCCUUAUUAUCACAUUCCAAUCCUUAAAAAAAAGACCAAAAUGCACUUUAAUUAACUAAGCAUAUGUUUUUAUACAGGGACAAUUCUGUUCAUUUAUUCAAACAUGGACUAUACAUUUGAUCUAUUAUUACUUUAUAAAGCUAAAUAAUAACAUGAUUGUCUCUUUGUUUAAG